UUACAUCCACAACAAAAUCAAGUGCUUAAUUUUGAAAUUUUAAUUGCAAGAGAAAUAACAAUUUAAAAAUGUCUAGAACACUGACAUUUGUAACAGGAAAUGCUAAGAAAUUAGAGGAAAUCAAAUCAAUUUUGGGACAUAAAUUUCCAUACAAAGUUGACAGCGUUAGAAUUGAUUUGCCGGAAUUGCAAGGUGAAAUUGAUGAUAUUAUUACUGAAAAAGCAAAAGAAGCAGCUAAACGAGUCAAAGGAGCAGUUGUUGUUGAAGAUACUUGCUUGUGCUUCAAUGCUCUUAAUGGUUUACCUGGACCAUACAUUAGAUCAUUCCUUGAGAAACUUGGACCUGAAAAUCUAUAUAAACUACUUGAUGGAUUCGAAGACAAAACAGCUAAUGCUAUUUGCACUUUGGGAUUCUGUAGAGAUCAGCAUUCGGAAGUUGUUCUUUUCCAGGGAGUCACAGAAGGAACAAUUGUAGCACCCCGUGGACCUCGAGAUUUUGGAUGGGAUCCUAUUUUCCAACCCCUUGAUUAUGAUCAGACUUAUGCAGAACUCCCAAAAGCAACUAAGAAUAAAAUUUCUCAUCGAUUCCGUGCUGUCGAUAAGUUACGUGAUUAUUUUAAUCCAUCUAAGUCCGAUAAUGAAGUGUGACUUGUUGAUCUUACAAAAAGUUGUUUUAAAGACCACAUUGUUGAGUUUAGAGCAAUUGAAUCCUUUCCAAUCUUGAUUUUGCAAUAAAAAACCUAAUUAAUA